ACAGUCACAAAAGUUGAUGGCCGUACUGUGUGUACACUAGCUGACAGCAGGGAGAAUCAAAUCAGAGCAGAUAGGACGGAGUUAACUUCCUCUCCUGAAGAGAUCCGUUCAAACAUGGUUCCUCCCGUUCAGGUCUCCCCGCUCAUCAAGACAGCAAGAUGGUCAGCCUUGCUAAUUGGAUUAAUUUAUGGGAAGCAGAGAUAUGAUUAUCUGAAGCCCAUUGCUGCUGAAGAAAGGAGGGUUGAGGAGGAAGAGAAGAAACUCAGGGAGGAGCAAGAGCGUAUUUACAAACAGCUUUCUGAAGCAAAUUCUGACACCAUUCUGAAGUAAAUCUCCAUGAAGUAUCCAUUCCAGCACCAAAUGAAAUGAAUCACAAUAAACCUUAUUUUAUUUUCAAUAAAGACAGAAGGUAAAAAUA